AUGCCUCCCAAGAAGUCGGUGCAGCGGAGCGAGUUCCACCAUGUUCGAAUGCAGGAGCAUUUGCGGGAGAUGGAUGGCCCGUCGCUGGUAGCCUCUUCUGGGGAGGAACAGCAGCAGCGGCUGCAAGGGGAACAAGAGGAGAAGCAGCAACAUCAGAAGGGCCAGCAGUCUUAUUUUGUACCAAGUCUGAUUUCUUUAUGUGCUGAUGUGAUUGCUGAAAAUUUUGCCGAUAUCGCAGCUGCGGAUAAACUGUGUGAGGAGGAUCCGAAGCUGUACGAUAUGGUGAUUGAGCGGCUGCGGACAGACUUGCCUUUGACGGUGAAUGUGCCACGUGUGCGGAGCGACGCCUACUGGCGUCGCUGCUGUGAGGCCCGCUGGUCGUUUGGCCAGUUAAGUGAGCGGUCGUGUGGGAAGCUUGUGCCGCCGGAGCGUGAGGGGUGGAAGCAGUUUUACCUCGAGCGGGUGCUGAGCGACUACCUCACCGGGCUGCGUUCGCACGAUCUCGUUGGCGAGGAGUCGCAGCAGCUCGAUCGUCUUUGCAUUGUCUCCAGGGAAUACGUGUACGCGCUCCACCUCCCGUGCCAGACGACUCGUUUCGACCUCUACACGCAGCUGCUGUCGCGGCUGCCACAUCUGGAGCAUCUUCGCCUCACGUAUGGCGCCAACAACGUGGGCACAAGCUUCGAGUGGGACAUGAUGGGCUUCAGCGAGAGCGAUGCUGCCAAUGUGCGUUACGCGCUGAAUAAGUACCCACCCCUGCGCUCGCUUCGGUUGCCCAAUAACCGCAUUAACAGUUCGCUGGCGAAAGGAAUCCUCAGUGGACUUGUUCUCAACACGACACUGAGGGUUCUCGACCUCUCCUCGAACCGCAUCGACGACGAUGGGGUGCGGCAGCUCGCACUGCUCUUGUGCAGGCCAGAUCUCCCGCUGGAGGAGCUGUACCUGCACGACAAUAAAAUCCGUGGCGAUGGGGCGGCGGCGCUCGGUGAGGCCUUGACAAUGAACACGACGUUGCGCGUGCUGAAUCUGCGCCUCAACCGCAUCCCCGAUGAGCCGGGUGGCGUCGCGCUCGUCACAGGCCUCGCGUCUCCCACCGCGCUCGAGGUGCUUGACCUCUCGCACAACGCGCUUGGCGACGCCACCGCCCAAGUCCUCGCUGAGGUGCUGCCAAAGCAGACCUCGCUGCUGUCGCUGAACAUCUCUGGCAACAAAGCACUGGGGUUGAGCACUGGUGAGCUGCUGCUCCAGGCGGUGCGGGAGAACGCAACGCUGCGAUUUUUAGAUGCACGCAGCAGCGGCGUGGCGAAGGAGUGCGUGGCAGCGAUGGAGGCCUGCGUGGAGAGUGGGGUGCAGGCGAUGAAGUCACAGGAGGUGGCGGCGCAGGAGGAGGAGCAGCGGGGGAGGAUACUGGAGUAUGUAGAGACCAAGCUCGCCAAGACGUUGUGCGUGCUGUAG